GAAAAAAAUUUUGAGGGAUCGAAAGUUGGGAUCCUCUUUAUUCUUCGAGGAGCAAGUGAGGAGAUCACUUGUGAGAAGAUCGAAGUGCCAGAAGACGAUUUUUAACAGUGUUGUGUAUGUUCCUGGAGUUGUUUCGCAACUUUUGCACACGUGUGUUUAUCAUGGUUGACGCUAUCGUCGCACCAGGAACGUGCGAAAGACUUUAAUCAGGGUCAACCAGCUCGUCUUGCCGAGGCCUGGUCCUUUGCCGAUCGCCGAACCUCGUUAGCGGACCCUUGAAACCGCGAAAAUGAACGGACCUUUUUACGCGUCCUCCUGCCCGACUCUGCAGUCCAACCUUUCGCUCCAAAGCUCGUCUUACUACAGCGAAUACAGCGGAAGUACUAGGAGACGAUUGUCUUCCACGGGGGAAGCUGACACUUCUGCAACGUCCAGUUACGAGGGUAGCGACAGCUCCGAGCACAGCGAUGAAACGCGGCUGGAUCCCGUCAGCCAACUGGAACGCGAACAGCUUGAGACUUUCUUUCGGGGUCUGAAGACGCAGAUAUUCGUGUGCGAGUCCCUGGCGAAUUUGUAUCUGGGGAACGCUUCCCAGGUGGGUGCGUGGGAGCUUCGUUUCACGGGAAUUCCAGUGGUGGUUCUGGACCUGGGAGAGACUCGGUCUAGAUCGAAAAGGCGCAUCCAAAUUCUCCUCGCUGAGCGUGGAACCUGCUUUACGCUAUGGAGAGAGACUAUCGACAACCUUUCUUCGUACAAGGUUUCCGGUGCAGCUUUUCACACGAUGUGUCUCUCCUCGGAUCACACACGACUGGCUGGCCUGAGCUUCGACAAUUCGAAGGCGGCGAACGAGCUCUGGCAGCACAUUGAACGCCUGGUGUCUUGUCCAGAGAAUAUCAGCCUGUCGAUCCCGGGCAAGAAGAAGAAAAAAUCACCCCAAAAGAAGGUCGUACUUCCGGCGAAGAGCAACAUCAGCCAGCCCUGCCAGUUUCAGCACGUUACCAGCGUCGACGCGGCUGACAGAUCGCGUUACUUUUCGCUUCAAACGCUGGUGCCGGUUUUGUCCGAAGUCGAGAAUUCCUUGGAGGGCACGUACUAGACUUUAGACGUCUCGAGCCCCGCCAGGUUCCCGGCAUCGAUCCUGGCGCUCGAAAAGUUGAAACUCUUCGGAUUGAUAUGACCCUCGAUGGCGGAGCUCUGCAGUCAUUCCUCAGAAGAGUUUCUGAGCUUUUGUUACGGUGUGAUCGAGUGUUCGCACCAGAGUCCAAGGAUCCGAGAACCCGGAGGUACUUUAUUCGAUUCAUCAUCCGCUUUGUGUGUAGGAACGAUAACGUUCUAGAUGAAGAUAUGGAAAUAAAAUUAAUCCAGAAACUUGUCCGAAG